AUGACACGUCUGCUGGACCUCUGCGUCGCCGCGCUCAAGGCAAGCGCAGAGGAUACCGUUCGCACGCCAGAUGUGAUCUUGGCCAAUUUUUGUGCAGCGCAACAACUGGAUGCAGACACAGAAACCUUUGUGCAGGAGGUGUACAAUGGCUGCCUCAAGCAUCACCGCGCGCUUCGCGUCCCCGUCAAUAGCUUCUUUGCCCAUGAACCUGUUCGCGCCCUCCGCAGCGAUCGCCCCCUGUACUCGAUAUUGGCCUAUCUCGGCACCAUGCGUCUGGGCGAGCUCGGCGUCGUGACGCUGGUGGAGCUGAUUGAAGAUGUGCUCAUCGACAAGCUACUCCGUUUCUUCGGCUUUCUCACCGAUCGCGAAAAUAUUUUGGGCUUUCUCCACGACGAAUGGCUCAAGGUUUAUGAUGAUGACUACGUACAGACGCACCUGGUUGGGCCCCUGCUCGAGUACGGAGAUUCCCUGAUGCAGGCGCUUGCUGCUCUCCAGGCGCGCGUGUCAUCGCCAAGCAAUGGCACCCGAGAUACGUUACGGGCUGCCGUGCGCCUCACGCAGCCUGCCCCAUUCAACCUCACCGAGCCUCAUUCGGUGUACCGAACCCCGCUAGAGGAGGCCGCACUGGAGCGCAAGCGCCGAUCAAAUCGCGACAAAGCAGAGCGCACAGCACGGUUGGCUGCAGAGCAGGCCCCGCGCUGUGCACCCACCAUGGGUGAUUUGGCACGCAAGGCAUACAUGACGGAACAGCGGGCGCGAGAGCUGGAGGAACUGCCGGCACACACACAUCGGGCGCGUCCCGUUCCAGCAGCCGUGCUGCAGAACAAGAACGUGCGCCUCAAUGCUGCAGCCAUCUUGCGCGAGGAGCUGCGCUUUCGAAAGCAGCAAGAAGCUGAGCUUGCCCGCUUGGAGGGUUUGGCGCGGGGCGACUUUGAUGAAGAGGAGAUGGCUGAUCGCGAUCGACAGGCGAGGCUGGAGGCGGAAGCGCAGCGCUUGGCGGAUGUCGAAAAGAAUGUGUUGGCGGGUCAGCUUUCCCGUGAAGAAGCCAUCCUGGCGCGUCAGGAGGUGGAACAACAAAACUUAAAGGCCGCCGCCGAGCUUAAACUGCGCCAACAAGAGGCCCGCCUGCGUCUCCUUGAGGAGCAGGAGCGGGAGGCUGAGCUGCGUAAGGAGCACGUCGAGGCAACACGCCAGGCACGCGAGCAAGUCUCUGAAGCCAAGGCCGCGGUCCUGGCGGAGAACCAGGUGACCUCGUCGCAGCUGCGGCGGGAGUUGGAGGACCUGCGCCGUCAAGCAGAAAUUGAGGCAGCAGCCGACCUCGAGCGACGCGCAGACCUGAUUCGCGAGAUUCGGGCGUUGGAGGCCAUUCCCACGGAUCGGACGCGAGUGGUGGAUUUGACAGAAACCGGGAAUCACGGCUUGCUAAAUGAAAUGUCCAUUGUUGAGCUGCGAGCACGACUUGAUCUGCUGCGGGAACAGCAACUUGAGGAGGAAGAACUGAAGCGCCAGAUGUUGUUUGAUCUCAAACUGGCCAAGGAUGAGAUGCUGGAUCAAAAGCGGCGCGUAGUGGAGCAGGCUCGCGAAGAUCGCGCAGUGGCGCGGCGCCAGGAGCUGACCAUGGCACAGCAACUGCGCCAAACCUUACCAAAGGCCGAUGCCAAGACUGAAACCCUCCGUCAGACCCUGGCACAGCGACGUGAGCAGCGCUCUUUAAACGCCACGCGAGCAGGCACCGUGCGAGGCUCGACACGAGGGGCUUCGCGCGAUUCGGUCCGAGGUUCGGGAAGCACCAUCAAGCACGCUGGCGGCGGCGUCAUGACGAGCACCGCGAGCACGUCCACGGUCACCCGAGCAGGGGGGCCGGCGCCGAUCAAAAUGACCUACACUGGACAAGCGCAGCGGCCAUCGCGACAGCGACGGCCGGGGCCCGUGACACGUGCGGCUCCCUCGACCGUUCUCUCGGCUUUGACCCAGGCACAGACCAUGUCGUAG